AUGUCGCACUAUAACACCGGCAUUGAGAACAUUCCGUCAUUGUUUGAUUUGGCGAGUGCCCUGACUGGGUUCAUUGCGGAUUUUGCACAGGUUGUGUUAGGCACCACCCAAACAUCCUUUAAGCCGGCCGUGUUGGAAGAUGACGACCUCGGCGAAUAUGAUCCGACAGCCCGCAGUUGGGAGGGAACAGACGGGCUGCGUUACCGAGUUCCGCUCUACCCCAUUCCUAGCGAGCGGCACACACGUGACAAAACCAGGAACAUUAGGGUUCUCAUGGAUAACUGUCGUCGUCUCUGUGUGGAGGACCAACUGCCUAGUACGAAGGAGGAGUUGCAGUUUUGGACGGCGUAUCGGUUUAUGAAGUACCAGAUGUACUUGGCUCCUACGUGUAUUAUCAUGCCUCCUCUUUACAUUUUUUGGCGAAUGUUUCAUGACCGCAUUCCUCGUCCACUGCGUGGCCGGACAAUUCCAAUCACGCUUUCCCUUGCCCUAGCAGAACAGUGGGCCGAGGCGACAUAUCCAGGACACCAGCUCUUGUCCACGGCGUUGAAAGCAAAGACACCGAUGGGGGAUGCCGCUCGUGCAGAGUGGCUGCGUCUGCAACCGAUCGAUAUACCAUUCUACAUCUACACCGCUUACCAGUUUCAGCAUUUUUUUGGAAAUCCCCCAGCUACACUUCAGUUUGGUGGAGACGUGGCCUCGCUGUGUAGCUAA